AUCCCUUUACACUGCAAGCAGAGAGCGAGCUUUUGGAACUCUUUAAAACUUUCUAUUUAACUUUUAAAACAGAUUUUAGUUUAGUUUUAGAAUCAUGUUUUGGUCACUUUUGUGCGUAAGCUUAGCUUUUGCGUCAGUGCCGGCAGAUGCGCAAAUCUCCAGCCGGUAUGUUAUCGGAUGUCCUGCUCGGUGUGACAAGUCGAUGUGUCCCAGGCUACCAGCGGACUGCCCGGCCGGACAAAGCCUCGACGCCUGCCACUGCUGCUUGGUGUGUGCGUCCAGCGAGGGCGAAGGCUGCGGCGGCUUAGGGAAGCUCGGGGACCCGGUGUGCGGAGAGGGGCUGGAGUGCUCGGUCUCCGCCGGGUUGGCCUACACUACCACGGUGAGAAGGAGAAGCAAGAGUGGGACUUGCGUGUGCAAAGCCACCGACCCGGUUUGUGGUAGCGAUGGGGUGUCCUACCGGAAUAUCUGCGAGCUGAAGAGGGUCAGCCGCCGGGCGCAGAAGCUGCAGCAGCCACCUGUUAUUUUCAUUCAGCGGGGAGCCUGCGGGAAAGCAGCUCAGGACAACCCAGACAGCCCAAGACACAAAUACAACUUCAUUGCUGACGUGGUGGAGAAAAUUGCUCCGUCUGUGGUUCACAUUGAACUUUACCGCAAGAUGACCUAUUCCAAGCGGGAGGUGGCGGUGUCCAGCGGCUCUGGCUUUAUUGUAGCAGAAGAUGGCCAGAUUGUGACCAAUGCCCACGUCGUGGCCAAUAAGCACCGUGUGAAAGUGGAGCUGAAGAGCGGCGGGACCUAUGAUGCCAAAAUCAAAGACGUGGACGAGAAAUCGGACAUUGCCCUCAUCAAGAUCGAAGCACCGACCUUGCUUCCUGUACUGUCGCUGGGCCGUUCGUCAGACCUGAGACCGGGAGAGUUUGUGGUCGCUAUCGGCAGCCCGUUUUCCCUCCAGAACACAGUUACUACGGGAAUCGUCAGCACCACUCAGCGGGGGGGCAAAGAGCUGGGCCUCCCCAACUCCGACAUGGAGUACAUUCAGACCGAUGCCAUCAUAAAUUACGGCAACUCCGGAGGGCCUUUGGUAAAUCUGGAUGGCGAGGUGAUCGGGAUCAACACGUUGAAAGUGACAGCUGGCAUCUCCUUUGCCAUACCCUCGGACAAGAUUCGAGAGUUCCUGGCAGAGGCCCAUGACAGGCUGUCCAGAGGAAGAGCCGCUGCUAAGAAGAAGUAUAUUGGCGUGAGGAUGAUGACUCUCACUCCAUCGCUGGCCAAAGAGCUGAAGACUCGACACCGUGACUUUCCUGACAUCACCUCUGGAGCUUACGUCAUGGAGGUCAUCGCAAAGACACCAGCUGCAACUGCUGGAAUCAAGGAGCACGACGUCAUCAUCUCGAUCAACGGCCAGAGGAUCUCAUCAGCGACUGACGUUAGCGCCACCAUCAAGAGGGAAGACACCUUGAGAGUAGUUGUGCGGCGUGGAAACGAGGAUGCUAUCCUCACGGUUGUUCCCAUGGAGAUCGACCCUUGACCCUCCACAAAUCACAGCACAGGAGCUGGAGCUAGGUUUUACUUAUCACCAGUGGACCUUAUAUUGGAGAGGGGCUUCUACUGGCACACCCCCUCCCCCCCCCCCCUGUGGCCAAAGGCUGGUGGCGCCACACGUCCAGGAAUAUUCUGGCUUUGCCUUGAAAGGACUGUACAGAUCUAAACGCAGUGCUGUACUUAUGUGUGUUUUCACUUUUAGUCUUUAAUGCUUGGAUUAAUGCAGGUGAAGUUGAUUAGUGGCAUAUUUUUUUUAUGUGCUUUCUUUUUUUUUGUGUCUUUUUUAUGGACUUCUGCUCAGUCAGGCCUUCCACUGCAUUUUUAAACAAUUUAGAGACUCACUGGGCAAAUCUGAUUUGUAUAAUAAUUAUUGUCUAAAUCCCCUUUUUAAAGUACUGUACUGAACGUUUUUGUUGAUUAUGUGAUAUAUACUGAGAAGAGAAUAAAGAGUUUACCUUCUUUAGUUUUGACUCUCA